AUGGGAGGAGUAUAAUCACUCAAUCGUAACUGUAAAAAAUCUUUACUCUCUUGCUUAUAAUUGCUUGUCGAAGAUGUUGAGUUCUAUGCUGAUGCCCAAUUCCUUGCGCAAAUUAAGAAUAUUUAGAUUUCCUUUCCCAACAACUUUGAAAAAAAUCGGAAAAAAAAAAUAGAUCUUCUAAAAUAGUCCUUACCUCCAUAAAUCAGUUUCCAUGAGGACGUCUUACUUAAUUAUUUAAGUUCAGCGUUCCAGUGUUCUUUAAUUAGAAGCAACAACUCUAAACUCAAGAAUAGUAAGGACAUCAGCAUGGACAAGGAAUUCGUUAAGACUUUCAGGCUGAUGAACUUUUCAGGUUUGCAAUAAGAAUAUGAUAAUUGUUAUUAAAAUAAUUUAGUCCACUUAUAUUAGGGCUUAAACUGCUAUUGCAAUCUCGCCAACUAAAUCAUCAAAGAACUUAAUUAAAACCUAGAUGUUUAAUGCAAAGUAUAUGUUUUGAUUUGGGAGCACUUUUAAAAUCAUCUAUGUAAAUUAUCUACUUCAGAUGCCUAUGACCUAUAACCACUCAAUUAAUAUUUUAAUGAAAAUUACGCCAUCAUUUCGCCAAAUCUAAAAAUAGAAGCAAUAGGCGGAAAACUUUGGGGCACUUUGGUUCAAUAGUUAAACCUCGAUUAUAUUAGGCAAUAAUUUUAGAUUGCUAGAAGAGAUCCUACCCAACAAUCGAUAUGUUUAUUUCAGGUAUUUAAUGCUUUGAUUGACAUGAACAUUGAUGCUGCCAAUCUCUAAUGGAUAGGGAUUAGCGAUUUCAAAUUUACAGGGUCUCUCAAACUUUUGAUUGAUUUCAUUGUUGCAGAUACUAAUCAGUUUUUGAAUUAAUUAAAUGAAAAAUCGCAAGGAAAUCUAUUUCUAUUAUUAGAUUUAUGGGAGAAGGAUGAUAACUUUUUGAAAUCAGUCUUACCAACUUGGAUUUGUGAAAAUAUACUAAAUACAUAGUUUUUCAGUUUUUUUGAAUAAAGAAUUAGAGAGAAGAUCAAAUUAAUGUAAACAAGUUAACAAAAAAAUCUGAUUGUAAAGCAUUCCAAGCAAAAGGUUGACACAGAUUUCUAAAGUUAAUUAGAAUAAGCAAAGAUGAGCUUGGACUCUAUCUUUUUUUAGGUUGACUUUUUCCAAUAAUAAAACAUUGACUCAACUUUAUAAAUAAUGAUUAAAUAAUUGAGAUCUGAAAACGAAUUUAGUAGUAUCAUAUUAGCUAGUGAAAAUACAUAGUAAGGACCUAGUGAUCUAUUAGUUUAAUAAACUUCACAUAUCUUUUCAGAUCUUGAAGUACAUCAUAUCCAAUCUAACAUUCUAGAAUAAUAGGAUUCAGAUAUAUUUGGUUCAUAAGCUUUGGAUUCCAAACUAUUGAGUCCAGAGGAUGAAAUUGCUGAAAUUUGUUAAAAGUAUGAUCAAAAGAAGAAUAGUAUAUAUCUGAAUAUCCAAUAAAGAGACGAAAAGAUAAAACUUAGAAAUAGAAAUUUACAACCAAUAUCUAAUGAAUUAUCAAAGAUAUUUAGUUUUGUUCAUUCUAUAUCGAAAGAAUAAGUAGAUGUUCUAGUGAAUCUCUUAAUUGAGCAAAAGCACAAAGAAGUUAACUAGAUGAAUAACCUAUUCGUGAAUUAAGAAAAUUUCAAAGGAUCUAUUGCCGCCGAGUUGUUAUUUUUAAUGUAAAAGUGA